AUGAAAUACCAACUUUUCGAUGACCAUCACUUCCAUGAAGCUUUGACUAAUUUACAUCUAGGAACAAGGACGACGCUAGAGCUCUCUCGUCGAGGCUUUUUGGUUUCAACUGGUGCGAAACAAAAAAGUCAUUUUACGUUUAGCUUUUUUCUAAUUUGUACAUCAAUCAACAUAUGCAGAAAGGGUAAUUAUAUAAAACAGGAAACACUUGCCUACGUGAUUAGACAAAGAAAAGAAUUCCAUACACCCUGGACGUCAGUAGUGAGAAAUUUAGAACAGCGAACUUUGGCAUUAGAAUGA